CGCGCGAUGGUGGCGGGCGCGUUCCCGCUGGCGAAGCUGCUGACGCUGGGCGCGCGCCAGCUGAGCCGGCCCCUGGCGGCGCGAAUCAAGGCGGGGGCGCGCGCCAGCCCCUUCUUCCGCACGUGCAUCUGCCUCCCGCCCGCGCAGCUGUACCACUGGGUGGAGAUGCGCGCCAAGAUGCGGCUGAUGGGCUUCCGCGGCGCGGCGGUGAAGCCGCUGAACGAGGAGGCGGCGGCGGAGCUGGGGGCCGAGCUGCUGGGCGAGGCCAUCGUGUUCGGCGUGGGGGGGCUCUGCCUCUACCUCGAGUACGCGCGGCAGGCGGGGGCCGCCCGGCGCCGGGAGGAGGAGCAGGCGGCGGCCAUGCGGGACCUGCGCGACCGCCUCGACCGCCUGCACCGACAGGUCGAGGCCUUGGCGGGAAACAGCCCCGCUGGACACGCCCCCGAGGGGGAAAGCCCCGCCCCUACGGGCUCUAACCCCGCUACGGGCGCUAACCCCGCCCCCUCGGGGUCGAACCCCGCGCCCGCCGGGGGUGGCCCCGCCCAUUAA